AUGGACGAAUUUAAGCUAAGGGCGGGGGAGAAAUUAGAAGCCUUACAGUCGGCAGCUAAAGCUGCGGCAGAUGGUAGCAAAACAAAAGUACAAGAUGUAGCGUCGCAAACCACCGAACUCAUCAGAAAGAUCCGCGAGGCGUUCCAAGAGUUAUGGCAGAACGACCUGAUAGUCGAGGGCCGGGAGCGAGUUGCCGCCUGGUCGAGGGAUGCCGUCCAACGCAUCAGGGAUGGCACCCCACCAUUAUCACCAGUGCUGCUCUAUGAGGAGCUGGUGGCGCUCUUCAAAGACAGAAUGUGGCGGCGCAGCGUGGCGCUGUUCUUAGCGGGGGCGGCGCUGGGCGGCGGCGCGGGGCUGCUGCUGGGGCUGCGCGCCGCCGCCAGGCCGCCCGCAGGCCCGCACGCGCGCGCCCUCCUCGCGCAGCCCGACAGGGCGGUGCUGCUCGUCGACGACGCCGUCACGCCAGGGGCAGGCGCGGCCGCGCUGCGCUCGCUGGCCGCCCGCUCGCCCAUCAGCGUCGGCCGCGGAUUCGCCGGAGUGGUGCUGGACGCUGGCGCCGGUGUGCCCUUGGAGCUGGGCGACGAGGUGUGGGGCUGCCUCAGCGAGUGGAGCGGCGGCACUGCCUCGGAGCUGCUUACCGUCAGGAGCUCCCGGGUGAGCCGUCGGCCGCGCGGGCUGGCAGCGGACGCGGCGGCCGCGCUGCCUUGGGCCGGCUCGCUGGCGCUGGCCGCGCUCGACCGCGCGCCCUACGCGGACGACGCCUGGAAGGGCAAGAGAGUGGCCAUCAUUGGUGCCACGUCCGGCGAGGGUCUGGCGCUUUUGCAACUGCUGAGCCGAAAAGGCGCUAAAACAACAACCGCUGCGCCCAAAGGGCACCAAAGCACCAUGCACGAGUUCGGGGCGUCGCAGUUCAUCGAGAUGGGGGCGGGCGAGGGCGGUGGGUGGGGCGCGGUGGAGGCGGCGGCGCGGCUCCAGGGCCCCUGGGACGCGCUGCUCUGCUGCGAGGCGGCGGGCGUGCCCUGCUCGCCGCCCCCCUCCCUCGCCGCCUUGCUCAAAUCCACAGCCCCCAGGGGCGCCUUUUUGGACCUCCGGGGCGGAGCCCUAAUGACCGACCGCCUGCCCACCCCGUUCUGGCUCCUCUUCUGCGCGUCAUUCUACACGUACAGGACACUCAGGUGGGCGGUGGGGCUGGGCGCGCACGCGGACUGGCUCGAGCGGCCGCAGCAGCUGACCGCCGGCCUCGAGCGGCUGGCCGGGCUCGUCGACAGCGGCCUCCUCAUGCCCGCCCUGGACAAGGUGUAUUUCCCGCAAGAGUUCGAGGCGGCGCUGGCGCACGCCUGCAGCGAGGACGCCCUCGGCACCACCGUGAUUAGAUUCCCG